UUUGUUUGCGUAACUCGUGCUUUUCCUAUCAUUUUGCAGGGCCGUUUUGAAAUUCUUUGCUUAUCAGGCUCUUAUCUACCAUCUAAUACCGGCGGAACACGUGGCCGUACUGGGGGCCUAAGUGUAUCUCUCUCUGGCGCUGACGGUCGUGUACUCGGCGGUGGUGUUGGUGGACGGCUAACAGCUGCAACCCCUGUACAGGUGAUUGUCGGAAGCUUCAUGUACGGCGGAACGAAAGCGAAGAACAAAGCAAGCAGCAGUCAGGAUCCAGGUGCUGAACCCGACUCACCUAUUGGUGCUACUUCUAGCACACCCACUAUUACACCGCCCAAUCAAAAUCUGACGCCUGUGAUGGGAGGAUGGUCUUCUUCGAGGCAUUUGGAAAUCAGGCCAGGCCAUAUUGACAUUGACUUGACUCGCGGGUAAGAGGAAGUUGUGUACUUAACUGUGCUGUGUGUAUAACAGGCGGGCUUUGUAUUGAUGGGGGAAAUCGGAAAGUAUAAUCUUUCCGAUGGCUCUUGAACUUUGCAUCGUUUACUUUGAAAGUUGUGCUAACUUCUUCUUUUUUUUUUUAUCUUUGUUGCACCUAAUUGAAAACUGGUUCUCACAUCUAGCUAGGUACUUAUUCUACUGUCGCUUUUCAGUGUGUACAACUCUUAUUGAAUUGCUAUAUUCUGCUGUUACUGUUAUGAGCUGAAGUAGGCAAGAAACAGGAAAUUGGCCUUUUUCUGCGACUAGAGACCCGAAAUUGAAGUUGAGAUGUACAUUUUGUUUGUCAA